GUCUGAUAAGUCAAGAUUUACCCUGUUCCAGAGUGAUGGGCGCAUCAGGAAUCCCCCAUCUUGCCAAAAGACCCGGGCGGUUUGAGAGCGGCACGUGGAUACUGGUGUGAUGCCAAGCAUCAACCGCGGAAAUUGCGGAUAACAUAGCCGCGAGUAAAGGUAACAUCAUCCGCACCAGUCACAGGGAUGUGGAGGCAGAGGUCAAUGUGCUGAUUACCAUGUAGGACGCCAUGUUCAAACAGGUUUUUAUUUAUUGUGUAUGUCUUGGAUAUACACAAUUAAUCAAUCGCUUUGACCGGGUGAGUCAAAUUGACAAGAGCACCAUAUCCAGAGCAACAAGAGGACAGACCGUCCAGUGCACACACUUCAGAAAAGCAAAGCUUUCUGAACUGGAGAUCACAUCUUAGACAGAAGAAGGGGCAUCUUAAAAUUUUGGAUUUGACAGAAGUUUUCCCAACGAAUGGAAUGUGCUGUAAGAUCUGAAGGCGAAGGUCAUAUGCAUAAAGCAGCAAAAUGAAUCAACAUAUAAUAAACAGCACAACGAUGACAACAACAGAAACCUACGACGAUUACAACAACACUGCUUUUGAUUAUGAUAGCUAUGAAGAACUUUGCAAGAAGCAUGACAUCCGGAGAUUUGCUGCAGUCUUUCUCCCAGCAUUCUACUCUGUGGCAUUUGUGGUUGGCAUAGCAGGCAAUUCCUUAGUGGUUGCCAUUUAUGCAUAUUAUAAGAAAAUGAAAACCAAGUCUGAUGUCUACCUGCUGAAUUUAGCAGUGGCAGAUCUGUUGCUGCUCUUCACCCUUCCCUUCUGGGCGGUGGAUGCUUCCACUGGUUGGCAGUUUGGAAAAGCAAUGUGCAAGAUAACUUCUGCCCUGUAUACUGUGAACUUCAGCUCAGGCAUGCAGUUCCUGGCCUGCAUCAGCUUGGACAGAUACUUUUCAGUACUUCGAGUGUCAACUAAUCAGAAUUUCAGAAGGAGAUGCUGGGCAAUUUGCCUUUUUGUGUGGAUCACGUCAAUGUUGCUGAGCAUCCCUGAUUUACAGUUCAGCGAGAUAAAGGAACACAACGGAAAGCAUGCCUGUCUACCAUCAUACCCUAAAGAUUCGGUAAAACAGCUCACUGCAUUCAUUCAGAUUCUUGAAACGGUGUGCUGCUUUGUGAUCCCUUUCCUUAUCAUGCUCUUCUGCUACUCUGCUAUGGCCAAAGUCCUUGUUAAAACCCCAAACAUUAAAAGAUCUCGGUCCCUAAAGGUCUUAUUGGCAGUGGUGGGAAUGUUUCUCAUCACACAGCUGCCAUAUAAUGUUAUCAAGUUCUGGAGGGCCAUUGAUAUCGUAUAUGCUUUGAUAACAAACUGCCAGACCAGCAGAACCAUAGACCUAUUGAUGCAGGUGACAAGCAGCAUGGCCUUAUUUCACAGCUGUCUCAACCCGCUAUUGUAUGCUUACAUGGGGACCACGUUUAAGUCUUAUGUUACUAAAACAGUGAAAAAGUUUGGCUCUUGGAGAAGACAAAGAACUCCGAGUGUUGAGGAGUAUUCGAUGUAUUCUGACAAUCACGUAGAAGAAACAAGCAGUUUUUCUAUCUAGAACUUUUAGUGAAGUAUUUUCAAGUUUGGAUAUACUAGUAAAUCUAGACCCAUCUGUUACAAAAAAAUCACAACAACAACUUAUCUGCUG